AUACGAGUUUUCUCUGUAUGUUUUGAAUGUAAUGCUGACAAUUUAUUGCUCUGCUUGGUUUUUUUGCGUCACUUCGCUUCAUCGGACGGACGAAAUCGACGCGCAUGCUUUUCAGGCAAGCGAACGUCGUCUUUCAAGAGGAAGCACACGAGGCAAUUUUCUACCGUUGUAAGGCGAACCGGAGAGGACCAUGGCCGAGAAUAGUAAGACGGGUCCGAACCUGCAGGCCGGUGCUGGAUUCCUUGCCAAAAGGGUCCAGAAGUCAUUGAAUCGCGCACAAGAAAUGGUCCUUCAAAAACUGGGCAAAACCGUGGAGACCAAGGAUGAACAUUUUGAGGUUUGCUUGCAGAACCUCAACAAACAACAGGUCGAUGGAAACAGGUUGCUUAAAGAUGUUAAGGCCUACUACAGUGCUGUGAAAGCUGUGCACGAGACAUCGAAGCGGCUGUCUCAGACGUUGCAAGACGUCUACGAAGCCGAGUGGAACGGAAUGGAGGACCUCGCCGUCAUUAUCGGAAGUGAAGAUUUACUCUGGAACGACUAUGAGGAGAAAAUGAAUGACCAGAUUGUGCGCACCAUGGAAAACUAUACAAGCCAAUUUCCAGAGGUCAAGGAAAGAGUCGCUAAGCGUGGCAGAAAGCUGGUGGACUACGAUUCAUCACGGCAUCACGUGGAAGCGCUGCAGGGUGCCAAGAAAAAGGAUGAUGCUAAAAUAGCGAAGGCAGAGGAGGAGUUCAACAAAGCCCAGAUUGUCUUUGAAGAGAUCAAUAAUGAGCUGAGGGAGGAGCUACCUCUUCUAUAUCAGAGCCGCAUCGGUUGCUACGUGACAGUCUUCCAAAACGUUUCCAAUCUGAGAGAUGUCUUCUAUAAAGAAAUGAGUGUGCUGAACAAGGAUUUGUACAACGUGAUGAAGAAACUCGAAGAUCAGCACUCCGGAAAAGCUUUCAUCAUAAAGGGUUUGAGCAGCCCCGCAGGGAAGUCAAAGAAGAGGAAGUCCUUGGUGAUCUCCAAUCCUAUCCCGUGCAACACAGCUUUCCCAUCUGAUCACGUGUCACUCCAUUCCACAGCCCAAAACGGGAAAACCGCUUUACCCACCUCUCCUGGGCCACAAACUCAAAGCAACGCCGGCGAAAUCGUCGUCGUCGAGGAUGCUAGCGUCCCGACCAAAAGCGGCCAAUCCUCGGAGUCUGACCUGAGUUCCUGUGGCACCAACACACCCAAAAGGCAGUCGGUGUGCGUCAGCGAGCCCGGUGAACCGAGCGCGACGACUGAAAGUCUCGAGGAGGCGGAGGCGGUCGGCGGACUAUCGACGAAUCCGCCGGAUGACUCCGGCGCGGAGAAACUGGAGGAAAGUGCAAGCCAAGCGCCAUCAGAGGAAGAAGCCAAAACCAAUACGACGCCGGUUCCUGCCCCUCGUCUAUCUUUUCGCUCGGAGAAAGGUCCUCCGCUGCCCGCCGGAGAGCAACGGGAGGGGAUCGAAGGCGCAUCGGACAUCAAGGACACGGCGGGCGCACGCGAUGACUGCGACGGCCAUUUCCCACCUGGCUUUCUGUACAAGGGGGUGGCGCUAAAGAGCCACGCAGCGUCUGAAGGUGGCCAGCUCCAGUGUGAACAGGGAGAAAUAAUUCUGGUGUUUGCCGACACGCAGCAGGAAGGCCUGUUGAAAGGAGUUCGGGAGGAGAGCUGGCAACUGCACAGAGAUCUCGAAAAUCACGCUGGAACUUUCUCAGAAGACCUCAUUGGGCCCGUUGAGAAAGAUUGACUUGAUGUUCGCUCCUUCCUCCCAUGAGUAGUUGAGUGAUUCAUGUGUAUACACACACACACACACACACACAUGCGAGCGAGAGCAAAUGGUCCAAAUUGUUUUGGGUGUGGAAGCUGCACAAACAAAUCUUCCAAGUCCUCUGUGAAUACUUCGCAUGUUUUGAUGUUGUAACUUGUGGG